GCAAGCACCAAGAGAGCCGAGGACACAAUUGAGUGGGCUGUACCAGUACCGGUAUACCAGUAUCUGCUUAACGUAGCUGCUGUUGUUCGAAGCUUUGGAUCAGCUCGUUGGACCUCUAGCUGAGGAAAGAUUGACGGGAGAUGGGUAGCUGCUUUUGACGGGGAUGCCAUCGCUAUCUUAAAGAUUGAGAUUGCUCAUUAUUUGGACCUCCCUGAAAAUAAUGACGUCUCGAUACCGGAACAAGCUCUUGACUCCCGUCAUUUGGUGUAUCCUCGCCACGGAAUUUUCAGAACGGUUUUGCUACUAUGGAUUCCGAGGAAUCCUUACCCUCUAUUUUACCGUGGACUUGGGCUAUGAUGAGAAUCGGGCAAUAGCCAUGUUCGCCCUUACCACCGCAUUGGCAUAUCUCUCGCCAAUGGCCGGGUCGUUGAUGGCGGAUGGACAUUGGGGUCGCUACCGAACCAUUAUGGUCUUUGGCUCUGUCUACGUCAUUGGGAUGAUCUUGCUGACAGCGGGAGCAUUCCUUGCAAACUCACAACAGUCCCAAAGAGGAUGGACCAUGGUGGGUCUCUUCCUCGUUUGCCUUGGGACUGGAGGCAUCAAGCCCUGUGUUUCUUCGUUUGGUGCUGAUCAAGUAGGAGAUGCCACGAAACAACCACAAUCUACUCUUAGUUUGGAUGAAAUGGAACGGAACCGGCUCUUGGGGCAACAUAACUUGGAACCAGUCAUAUCUCGAGACGAGCAAGUGCGGGCAUUCUUUGCCUACUUUUACUUCUCAAUCAACUUUGGGGCUCUGUCUUCGCUGGCAAUAGUACCCCUUGUCCGAUCUCACUAUGGAUUUGGCAUGGCAUUCUUAAUCCCAACACUCUUUAUGAUUACUGCCAUGGCAUUGUUCGUCUCCAUGCACGGAUCCUACGUUCAUCACGUCCCAGAGUCUUCCUUAUCAGACACUUUUGUCCUUUGUUGGUGGCUGAUCAAGAGAAACACUUGCUCCUAUCUACCUCCUCCAGUCCAAAGAAUCUUCCCGUGCCUGAAGGAAGGACCGAGACCCGCCCAGCAGCAAGACCGGCAUUUGGCCAUACCAACGCAUGAUCAUGAAUCGGAUGACGGAAGGGAACAGGACGACGGUGUGUUUGACCAGAAACUCAAUGAUGCACGUCAGGCAGUACACAUCCUACCCAUCAUGACGCUACUUCCAAUCUUCUGGUGUCUAUAUGACCAACAAGGCUCUGUUUGGACACUGCAAGCAACGAGGAUGGAACUCAACGGAUUGCAACCAGAACAGCUGAACAUUGUCAACCCAUUGCAAAUCAUGAUUCUCAUUCCGCUGUUUGACCAAUCCAUUUACCCAUGGCUGGAACAGCGACGGGUCAACAUUCGACCACUUCGACGCAUGGCUUGUGGGAUGUUGCUGGCUGCCGGUGCCUUUGUCAUUAGUGGAUGGGUCGAGUCGGCCAUUCAGAACCGAGAAGCAGAGAAUGCGCCCAAGCUGAACGUAUUCUGGCAAAUACCCCAAAUCACGCUGUUGUCGAUUGCCGAGAUUUUGGUCAGCGUGACAGGUUUGGAAUUUGCCUAUGCGACAUCCCCUGAUAGGCUCAAGGCUUUUCUGAUGGGCUUGUUUCUCUUGACCACAUCUGUUGGUGACUUUUUUAGUGGAUUCCUCUACUCCACUGUCUUUGUCAACCUCAAUCGGGCAACAAUCAUGCACAUUUGUGGAUCGCUCAUGCUUGGAAACCUGGUCCUUUUUGCACGUGUCUCUUGGUGGUGGGAAGAGCAAGAACGGAGGAAGCAGGAAAAACAAAGCGAAAACCCCAGCACCUUUUUGGAUGAUGGUAUUGAAAUCCAAGAACAGAGAGCCCCUUGACUUCAGUAGCCCUCUAAAGAUCGACAAUCUAUCAAUCUGCCAUAGACUUCCAGACGGGAACGAACUAUUUGGAGGAUACAAUCCACUUCAUUAUGACUCUUAGUUUGUGCCACUCUUCUACUCUUUGGAAGCCGAAAUCCUCUUGAUCUUACCAUCUUUGUCCACCUCAAUCACCUGCUUCACAUUGAUGGUAAAGAGGGCAACCUUUUUGCUUCCACGGCGCUCGACUUGGUUGGGAUUUUGCUCGUGAUAUUCUCCAAAGAGUAUCGUGGGCAUGGUGGCAUGGGCUCUGGGGAAUUUCUUGAGCCACUCUUUCUUGCUCUUGAAUUUACCAAAGGGGGACAUGAAUUGAAAUUCGUCAUCGGAUAAGAGAAGGGAGGCCUCCUCGUAUUUGUUUUCCUGAACGAGUUCCUCAAAGUCGCGAGCUGUUUUUUGGACGGGAAACAUCUGCGUUGAGGGAAUAAGGCACCAUGAGCCAACGACCGCUGAGGUACGGUACUUUUGAAAUACAAUUAUUAAUAUCAUAGACUUACCAUGGGGG